AUUAAUAGAAACAACACGGCGAGCCCGGCGGUAAAGUGAACUUUACCAGCGGGUCCCUAAACCUCCUUGUUCCUGAAGGUGUGAGGAUGGAGCUGUCGUUCAAAGGAAAGCGAGCUGUUGUCACGGGGGCAAGUCGAGGUAUUGGGAACUUCAUCGCUCGGGAGCUCUCGAAGUAUGGCGCCACGGUCAUUGCAGUCGCAAGAACCACUACUGAACUCGAAAAGCUCAAGAACGAGGUACCAAAUGUUAUUCCAGUUUCUGUCGACCUUUCCAAUUGGGAGGCUACCAAGGCAGCACUUUCAAAUGUAGGACCUAUCGACCUCUUGGUCAACAAUGCUGCAAUUGCCAUUUUGGAGCCAGUUGGUGAAAUCAACCCCGAGACAUUUGACAAGACUUUUGCAACCAAUGUCAAGGCCGCCAUCAAUGUUUCUCAGAUCUGUGUCAAGUCCAUGAAGGAGCGGAAUGUUGCGGGAGCCAUCGUCAAUAUCUCUAGCCAAGCCGGGAUUGCAGCUCUGGCCGACCACGCUGUCUACAGUGCCAGCAAAGCUGCUCUCGAUCAGCUUACCCGAGUCAUGGCACUGGAACUGGGUUCUUACAAGAUCAGGGUGAAUUCAGUGAACCCCACUGUAACAAACACGCCGAUGUCAAUGGUGGGCUGGAGCGACCCGAACAAGGCUGGGGCCAUGAAGGCAAAGAUCCCACUUGGACGAUUUGCAGAGCCACAAGAAGUCUCGGACGCAGUUCUGUACCUGCUGAGUGACCGUUCCUCCAUGAUAACUGGUACCAUUUUACCAGUAGACGGUGGAUUUACUGCCUGCUAACUCUUUCCUUACACCAGAAAAAAAAGGCAGUUAUGUGGUGGUCUUAGUAAACAAAAUUUAGUCGCAAAUUGCGCUACUAGCUGUACCAAGGCAUGUCAAAAUGUAAGUAAAAAUUAUUUAGUCUCAAAUUAUGCUAUUAGCUGUACCAAGGCAUGUCAAAAUGUAACUAAAGGAAUUCUCUUUUCAACAAUGUAACUGUCAAACAAGAUAUUUAUAGAACAAGGAAAAAAAAAAAGUAAUAUCAAAUUUUGUGUAACUAACUGAAAAGCCUUUAUUUUAAUUCAAUAUGCCUUGCCAAGAAAUAAAAGGAAAAAAAAAAAUCAAAAGUAUACAUUUUGUACCUCGCUCUUCUAGGAACAAAUCAUGCAAGUUUGAAAAGCCCCGUGCAAAACUUCUUGUUCUGCAGAAAAAGAGUUAGCCUCCGGAAUUACUGCACCGUUCCCCAAAGCCCCGACCAAAGCGUUUUGUGCCACUUUGUAGUGUUAUGUCGAGGUCGGGACUGGGCCGCCUUUUCGGAGAAAACUCCACUCGUUUCGCUGCUGAUGGCAUAAAGUCAUGUCUGUAUGACGUUGACACCAUGCAGGUGAAAUAUGUUGCGUUCAGAACACGCCCGGUAUCUUCACAUGAGCUCCCGAAGGUAAUAGUAAAUGUGCUUGGGGCGCAAAACGAAACAUACUGACAGGCACCUGUGGAUAGUCCAGGCUGGUACCCCCUCCGCCACUAUCGAAACCAAAAUCCAAGGAAUGAAUGUUAUGUUCCAACUUGCUGCUUUCACUUUCAUCGACAUAAAAUACUUCACCUGGAGUUCAUGUGCAGCAGAUUGCAGUGCUUACAAUGGAGCAAAGAGAGAAUUACUGUAGGGUCUCGUUGAACAGCAAAAUGUUUGGUUGUGCUAAACACACAACCUAAAGGAGCAAGAAACAUGAUGUAAAGCUAUUCUAUAUAGUUGUUAUGUGGGCAUUGUCAAGAAGGCUUUUGGGUGGAGACGUGACUUAUGUCAAGGGUGACUGAAUGCUUUGGUGCUUUGCAGGUUUCAUAAAAAAUAAUUUAUAGCAUCUUUUUUUUUUCUCUCUCAAAGGGUAGGUUUCCGACAUUUCUAAUCUGUAUGUUUUAUCAGGUAACUCUAGAAGGGGAGGCUUGGAAGGCACUCUUCUUUGCGAUAACACCUGUGCCUGUGGGGGUAGGAUACCUUGACAUCUUGCAGUAUACUCCUUCGUUUAGUCCUAUUGCAUGCAGUAUGUACUCAUGCUUCAACCAAUGUCAUUUCUGGCGAUCAUAUUACAUAAAAAAACUACCGUGGAACUUGUCACAGUGGAGAAUCUUGUGUAUUGUUUAUGUGGCUAGGUUUCCAAAGGUGCCUUAUGAGUGGAAGUUUGCAUAUUAUACUGCUACUACUACAGUGGAAUUGUAAAGUGGCUGGGAAAAUUCAACAUUGGAAUAAAAUUAUGAAAAAUAA